CUGACGCCUGCCUGAUCCAAUCGUACGCGCGCGCUCGCUCGCUCGCUCGAUCGCGUACUCGCGCGAGCAACAAACAGAACCAGCCAGCUAGCCAGCGUCACGUCACAACAAAAAAACAGCAACAACAAACCGACGUGCACUACCAACACCUAACGGCCGCUAGUGCACGCAGCUAGCGCGGCUAAUCAACCUGGGUUUACGGAAGGGUUUACUAGGCCGGGCCUCUCCGGUCGUGUACCAGUGGUGGCCCAUUGUGUUGUGUGCUUUGCUGUUAUCCGUAUCGGUAUUCCGAGCGUGUGGCUAGAAGGAAGGAGGAAGUGUAGUGCGUACGGUGCGGACGCCCCUGCAACGCGAUUGGCACCGAUCAGGCUGCUCUCCGCGAGAGUGGCGUGUGGCCGCACAAGGACUCCCCCGUGUUACCUGUGCCUGUGUGUUAUCAACUCGUUGCUGUACCACAAUCAAACACUCGGCGCAGGUUUCGUACGCGCCAGCAGCGUCAAGACCUCAUCGACAUCAACAAACGGACAAACGGACAACGCCGCAGCGGCCUGGCGGUUCCGUGCGUCCUAUAAAUAGUGGUCCCGUGUGUGCGGGUGGCCCAGAUAAGUCAGGGGCCACUGGGCGUUGUGCACGUCAGUGACCUCCGCUCUGCGCUUUCUAAGCACAUCACCACCAGUUAGCAGCAGCAGCAGCAGCAGCAGCAUGGCGCUGGAAGGUGAUCAGGAGGCUGCACCACGGAUGCUGAUGGCCGUGUCCGAGACCGAGGAGGUAUCGAAGGGUGGCGGCGCUGGUGAGGACGAUGGUGCACUGGCCCAAAUGGUUGCCUACGCCGCCAAACUGAUCGAACAGCAACAGCAACAGCAGCAGCAACAGUACGAGAGCGAAGUACCCAUGGUUUCGAUGGACGGCGAGGCACAUCCGAACAUGACGCUGGCCGCGAUCGGGCUGGGCGUACUGGUAGCUCUGAUUAUCCUGAUCAUCCUGAUCGCAUUCAUCACACGCCGGGAGCGAAGUCCUCAUACGAAGAUGACCAUCAUCAACACCAACACCAAUCCGAUACCGACCAUCUCGCAAAGGCUCUCCUCCCACACCCAACCACAGUCCCAGCCGCAGGUGUCGCGCUGCGUUACCUUCGCCAACGACUACGAGCUGCACGAUGUUGUUGUGACGCGAAUGUGACGCGAUACUGAGGCUG